AUGAAAGCAUUAACGAUCACCCUGAUAGCUACUUUCUCAAUAUUUUCUAUAAAUGGCAGAUUAAUAGAUAAAACGGAGAAGAAUGACGAAACACCACCCACAGAACCUACACAUCCCGUUCGUGUAUCCAGACAAGCUUUUUACGAAGACCCCAUCGGAAUGUCUAGAGAAGAAAACUUUCAAUUAAAAGAAGAAUUCAAGCCUUACAUCAGGAGAGGACGGUACAGCAUGAGGUCGAAGUCCAGAGAUGAGAAAGUAACAAAAGCAGCUAAAGAAUCUCGUGAAGUUACUGUUACAACCAAAAAACUUUCAACAGAAUCCGAAGAAGUCAAACCGACAAAAACCCUAGUGAAGAAACCAAUACCAAAAUUUAACGAAGUCGACUACGAAGAUUUCCAAGGCAAAAUGAAUAAAUCGCCAGUGAAAUUCGCUGAUUCUGGUGAGCAUGAAGACGAGGACUUCAAUUUAGAUGACUACGAGUUCGACGUUAAUCACGAUGAAUUUGUUGGAAGAGGGAAACCUUUAGAGCCGCGACUAAAACUUAAAGAACCUAAAGGAAAUGGUGAGAAGAAGACUCCUAAAACAAGACCAACGUCACUAUCACCGCCUGAAAUCAAAAUGCAAAGCAAAGUUGUAAUUCCUUCGGAGCCUCUGAAACGUACGAAGAAUGGUAUAUCCAAGAAAGCUGCACACAAGAUGAAGGAGGAUUACUACGAUGACGUUAUCACCACAACUAAAGCACCAGAAAUUGAGACGAAACGGGACACGGAUGACGAGUUUUCAGAUGACACUGAAGAGAGUAAGGAAUUUAAUAACAAGAAUCCAGUGAGAGUAGUAAGAUCACCUUGGUUUGUCAAGUUUAUCGCAAGUAAAAUGGGUGAUAAAACUGCGACAGGUUUAACGAACGUUGCAAAUGCUCUCCAACCAAUGUGGCCGCCAUCAGAUAUGACUCCUGACAUCAUUAGUGACCUGGCUAACGAUCCUAUGGUAGACCCUCUGACUGGAAAUCAUUUUAUGUUUUAAUCGUGUUUUUUCUACAAUACUUACGACUAAUAUUGGUUUGAAUUUGGUUUACAGUACAUAG